CGCACGGCAUAUGCAGUGUGUAAUGUAAUCGAAAAGUUUAUACCAAACAAACAUUGCAUCGUCCCGUCGGCAGUCUGGAAAAUCCACAAGACUCCAUCUGGAAAGGAAUAUUAAUGUUUUUGGAGUUUUCUUUCUGAAGGAUUCGGAAAAUUUGUAUCGAAAGAAGACGGGAACCAAGGAUCACCAUGCCAGCCGAGAUAGUCAACCUACCGGUCAUCAGUAACAAGAUCCCCGCCCCAUUGACGGGCAAGGAGUUCCUGACCUCCUCCCACUACAAUAUCGGGAACGACCGAAGACUCAGCAGGAGCGCAACCAAGAGAAGCACCUUCAAGAAGGACUAUGUGGCACACCGGUUCUACGGAAGGGGGGCUCCAGCCGAGCCGCCAGCACCUGCUUCGGUCAUGCACAAGGAUCUGGUGGCAAAGUCAGCCGAUACAACCGAGACACAUGCAUGUUACAAGGGAACAUUCCUUCCUCGGGUCAGCCAGUGCACCGCCCUCACGAAGACCAACUUUAAGAUGGACUCUGAUCACCGCGUCGAAUCAUUCCUGACGUCACACUCCCAACAGUUCCAGUCACCGAGAGGAAUGACCCGAUCUUUGCCGAAUCCCGAACCGAUGCGAAGCUACGUGCCACAGGGCGAUAAAGAAAAGGAGCGGAUGCCAGCUUCGGAUUAUCACGGAAAUUUCCGAGGACAUGACACGUCGGUUAUCAAGGUGCCACGGGCACCAAAUAUGCACACAGGUGGUGACCCAACGAUCCGCGGGGAUGCUCGCACCCACGCGCCUUACGACACAUCGUCCAAAGAACAGUUUCCAGGAAAAUAUCUCCCUUACGUCCGUGUCAAACCUGAUUUUGGAUCGAGCAUUCCAACGGGAGACACCGACAAGUUAGUCCAUCGUGAGACGACGCAGCUGACGUCAUACCCACGAUUCAGCGGAGAGGUUUACAAGCCCUAUAAGAGGGACGACGCCGUCACCAAGAUACGAGAUACGAACUUCAAGAUGGGCCACAGCAAGAAGCACGACCAGUUCGGCACGACGGCUGCAGCAUAUUUCGACGCGAAAGUUCUUCCACCCUUUCAGAAGCAUGUGCCAUAUGACAACAAUGCUAGCAGUAUUCCGUCGGGUGAUUCGGACCCAGAGAGGAUUCAGGAUAGAACAACGACUACCAACUAUUCCGUCUACCACCAACUUCCACCUUCAAACUUCCGCAACAAAAUUAUCUCGGGUGCCAUGAUGCGGACUGCAAGUGACGUGACAUUCGGAGAACCUCGAAAACUUUCAACCUACUAUUCGACAACACAAUCGGAUGAUUAUCCGGCGCUCGGCAAGUCGGCUUUUGCCGUCCGUGCUGAUGGACAUAAGGGCACAUCAGUUCCACUUGAUGUAUACGGUGACCUGCAGAAUGUAUCAACGACCAAGGAUGAUUUUCCUGCUCCUUUCGGAGAGGGCGCCACUCCAAACCGAGUACUCAACGAAGAUCAAAUCAACAAGCUCCGUGCCUCGCAUUUCGAUGCUCACAUCGAGAAGAAUCGCUACUUCAGCACGACACACCUCGAUACCUACACGCCAAAACGAGUUACACCCUACCAAUACGACAGCAACAAACUUCAAAAGAGCUCCGUACCGAUUGGUACAUUAAGUCAAAGUAUGCCUAAUUAGUUACGUCAUGGAUAGAGAGAAAAUACGUCACAAAGAUGAAAGAAAUGUGAUGAUGACGUUGCACCGGCCGUUACGGGAUCGCAUCCCGCCAGAACUAUCGUUUUUUCGCUUCCAAUGUUUUCAUGGAAAUUGUAAUUUGGCAUUCAGGUUCAAGGUUUAUAAUGUUUCUGUUCUAACAUUUCAAAUUCACUUGUAUUCUGAACUUGUCAUUAUUAUGCAACCUAACUAAGCUACCCUGCGUGGUUUUAUCUGCUUUCAUUACCAUACUUUUAAACUGGAGCAUUAUCAUAAUUAUUUACAACCUUAUUAUAUACAUCAUUAUUAUUUCGAGUGUUAUUGCCGUUAUUCUUAUGAUAUGUACUCAUGUUACUACAUGUUGUAGCAAUGUAACUGAAAUAAUGUCAUAAACGAAGAGACCGAGGCUUUUAUGGAUUAAAUGUAGUUUGAAAUCACACAAUACAUUUGAUUGUCUAGAUUUCAUACUAUUAAAAGCAAAACUUCUUCGGAUUUAUCUUCUUCUAUCUAAUCGUAAAAGAAAUAUUUUAUUUGUAAAGUUUUCAAUAUUUUAGUUUAAUAAGUAUAACGAUAAGAUAACGUCGACGGUGGGUAUUAUUUUGAAUUUUGAAUGUAAUAAAUGUGAGGCAUGAGGCUGGUUUUCCUCUAAAAUGACAGUAUUUUUAGAUGAUGUUGGAUGACUUUUUUUGUGUAUUCUACUCUGGAAGUAGAAAUAACCCAAAUUGUUUUUGUUUAACGUUUUAAUCUUGAUGAAUUAUAUAAUGUACAAGUUUUGAUACUAUCAUGUUACUGCAGAAUUAUUUUAUGUUGCGAUGCAAAUGCCCAACUCAAGGCAAACUGCAUUAUGACUGAAUUAGUUUUCAUGAAGUGACGGUAGUGAGGAAAAUCGUCACGCAAAGUGAAUGCACUUUGUUUUCACUACCGUCACUUCGUGAAAACAGCGACGAAUUAUUAGUCUCAUCUAUUUCCAUUUACAUGUAAUUGUUUACAAUAAGGGUGAGUCUUAGAUGUUCCAUUCGUAAUAAAUAAAAUGGAAGAUUUAAUUUCAUGCAGUAUGGGCAUGCCCAAAUAACUAGUAAAAGGAUAUCUUCAGUGUCAACUUUCUGACAUAAAAUCAACAUUCAUCUCGGACUUGCCAACAAGUGUACGUCUUAUAAUAAUCUUUUAUCUGUGAUAACAUGUUAUUUGAAUGAAGAAUGUUUUUACUUUAAUCAUGUUUGAAAGGUCUAUACCAUGUUGGAGUGAAAUAUAUUAUAUGUAUCCAUGAUUGUAUUCAUGUUUUCAUUAAUAAACCAACGCUCAUUAAUGGAAUGCCACAA